AUGAAGUUCACUGCUGGUUUCAUCGCCGUCGUCACGGCUGCCGCUCCCGCCUGGGCCAUCCAGCUCACCAACAGCGCCUACGCUGUUGAGGCUGGCAAGCCCUUCACCCUGACCUGGUCCGACUCUGAGGGCCCCGUCACCGUCACCCUCAAGAACGGCGCGAGCACCGACCUCAAGGACGUCGAGGUUCUCGCCUCCGGCCUGACCACCGACUCGUUCACGUGGAACCCCCCUUCGUCGCUGCCCAGCGACACCUACGCGUUCGAGGUCGCCGACUCGAGCUCCAACUCGCCCAACUACAGCCCUCAGUUCACCUUCGCCGGUAGCGCCGCCAGCGCUUCCGUCUCUAGCGCUGCCUCCAGCUCUGUCGCCUCCACCAGCAGCGCGUCUGUGUCCACCACUCUCUCGUCGCUGACCAUCACCUCUUCGUCCGCCUCGGCCACUGCCAGCGCCAACUCCAGCGCCACCAUUACCAGCACCAACAGCGGCAACUCCACUACCACUUCCUCCUCCUCUUCCUCCACCCGCACGUCCACCAGGACCUCUGCCACCUCCGAGUCCUCGUCUACCUCCUCUUCUACUCCUGUCAACACCAACGACAGCCAGAAGCUGGGCUCCCCUCUGGCCCUCAUCCUGGGCACCAUUGUCUCCCUGAUGAUCUUCAACUAG